AAGGCUCUUCCCACUUGGAAGGAAACCUUUUCUUCUUGGACAUCUGCUGGUGGAGCCUCCAGCAGCUCGACAGAGGUGAGAGGGGUCCAGCUUCAAUUCAACACACUUCUCCCACUUUCCAGAGGAGGGGGAGGCUUCAGGCAGACUGCUCACAAAUAAAGUCCAUUCAAUCCUUUUGGGGGGACUUCAGUUGACUGAUUGAUGUGCUGCUGACCCCUCAGGCCUAAUCAUGAAGAUAAGGCUGUCACUAGCCACGGCUGCCUUUCUGGUAGGCUUCUUAGCCUCCAUAGAUGCCCAAGUGGAGCCACCCUCAGACUUGAAAUUUAAAAUUCUAAAUGAAAACACAGUGGAAAUGUCGUGGCUAAAGCCCUCAUCAAGGAUAGAGGGCUUCAGAAUACAAGUUGCGUCCGAUGCAGAUGAACCAAGCAGAGAUUUCACCCUUGAUGCAUACUCAACCUCAACCUCCAUCACUAAUCUGACUCCUGAUGUGGACUAUUCUGUGUCAAUAAGCUCCUAUUAUGGUUCAGAGGAGAGCAUCUCCAUUUUUGGUCAACUGACUAUCCAGUCCAGUAACACCACCAGACCAAGACCAACAUCAGAUGCACUCAAAUGUUCUGUCAGUGCAAUAGCAGACUUGGUAUUUCUGGUGGACGGCUCAUGGAGUGUAGGCAGAGAGAACUUCAAACACAUCCGGAGUUUCAUUGGCUCGCUAGCAGGAGCCUUCGAUAUCGGCGAGGACAAGACUCGAGUGGCUGUGGUUCAGUACAGCACAGAUACCCGCACAGAAUUCCCCCUGAACCGUUACACAAGAAGAGGAGACCUCCUUCAAGCCAUCAACUCACUACCAUACAAAGGAGGAAACACCAUGACUGGUGAUGCCAUAGAUUACCUAAUAAAAAACAUCUUCACUGAGGCAGCUGGAUCAAGGAAAGCCUUUCCAAAGGUGGCCAUGAUCAUAACUGAUGGAAAAUCCCAAGACCCUGUAGAGGAGCAUGCAAGAAGACUUAGGAACAUCGGAGUGGAAAUAUUUGUCCUAGGUAUCAAAGGAGCAGAUGAGGAUGAGCUCAGGGAAAUUGCUUCCACGCCUCAUGCCAAACAUGUGUACAAUGUGCCCAACUUUGAUCUGAUCCAAGAAGUGCAGAAAAGGAUCAUCACAGAAGUCUGCUCUGGUGUUGAUGACCAACUCACCUCUUUAGUCAGUGGAGAAGAAAUGGUGGAAGCCCCCUCUAACCUCCAGGUCACAGAAAUUGCAUCAAAAUCAAUGAGACUGACGUGGGAUGCAUCCUUAGGGGACAUCACAGGCUACAAGCUUACCCUCAUUCCCCUGGUGCCUGGCAUGAAACGGCAGGAACUCUACAUGGGAGCCACACAGACAUCUAUUAAUGUCCGUGACCUUUCCCCAGAGACCGAGUAUGAUAUCAGCUUGUUUGCACUCAAAGGUCUAACUCCAAGCGAACCUCUCACAGAUUUGGCAAAGACCCAACCUGUCAAGGUGUUAACAGAGUGUUCUAUGGAUGUGGAUGUGCAGGCUGAUGUGGUGCUGUUGGUUGAUGGCUCAUAUAGCAUUGGAUUACAAAACUUUGCCAAAGUUCGUGAAUUCCUGGAGGUCCUGGUCAAAUCCUUUGACAUUGGACCCGACAAAAUCCAGAUCAGCUUGGUCCAGUACAGUCGAGACCCACAUACAGAGUUUUACCUGAACACCCACCAUGACAUCAAUGCUGUCGUUAAAGCUGUGCGCAACUUCCCUUAUCGGGGCGGUUCCACAAACACUGGCAAAGCCAUGACCUAUGUCAGGGAAAAAAUCUUUGUACCAACUCGGGGAGCAAGGCAGAAUGUGCCUCGUGUCAUGGUCCUGAUCACAGACGGAAAGUCCUCUGACUCCUUUAGGGUUGCUGCAACCAAGCUAAGAAAUAUUGAUGUGGAGAUCUUUGCAGUUGGUGUGAAAGAUGCAGUGAGAUCAGAGCUGGAGGCCAUUGCUAAUGAACCAGCAGACACUCAUGUCUAUGAGGUGGAGGACUUUGAUGCUUUUCAGAGGAUUUCAAAAGAGCUAACUCAGUCCAUCUGUCUGAGGAUUGAACAGGAACUGCUCAAGAUCAAGAAGAAAAAUUUACUUCCACCCAGUAACUUGCAGUUCUCUGAGAUUACAUCGCGCAGCUUCCGUGCGACUUGGGUUGCACCUGCUGCUUCUGUCAUGUCUUAUCUGGUACGAUACCGCAAAGCUGAAGACAUCACUGGAGACUACAUAUCCCUGGCAGUACCUGGUCAAACCACCACAACAGUUCUUCUUUACCUCACUCCGAUCACCACUUAUGAAGUCAACGUCUAUGCUGAGUACGACAAGGGAGAUAGUUUUGCGCUGACUGGUCAAGAGACGACUCUGGAAGAACAAGGAACAGUGGAAAAUCUCCGAGUCACAGAGGAGACAACUAAUAGUUUUAGGGUAUCAUGGCAAGCCGCCCCAGGUUCAGUCAUUAGGUAUCGAUUGUCGUAUGUUCCACUCAGUGGUAUGGGAGAAAUACUCGAAGCUCAAACCCUUGGACCAGAAACAACCAUAGUUCUCCAAGAGCUAUUCCCCAUCACCACCUACAGGGUGUCCGUCUCUCCUGAAUAUGCCGCUGGCGUUGGAGAUGAGUUACAAGUGGAUGGUACCACUAAGGAAGUUAUUGGCUCACCACGAGAUCUUCGUGUCUUUGACGAGACAAUAAAUACUAUGAAAGUUGCUUGGCAGGCUGCUCCAGGAAAUGUAGUUCAGUACCACGUUACAUACAAACUCGCUGAAGGGGGUGAUAUAAACAUGGAAUUGGUCCAAGGAGAUAUCACCCAAGCUUUGCUAAAGAACCUCCAACCGGCCACUGAAUAUGAGCUAUUUGUCACAGCACACUACUCCACUGGACAAGGCGACCCUCUGAUGGGUGCAGGAACCACUUUAGAAGAGCUUGGCUCACCUAGAGACUUGGAGACCAGAGACGUCACUGACACCAGUUUUGCCGUGUCUUGGACUGCUGCUCCCGGUAAUGUCCGUCAAUACCGAAUCAAGUGGAAGUCAAUGUUCAGCGAGGAGACUGGAGAGAAAACUGUAGCAGGAGACACCACUACGGCAGAUUUGGAUGGUCUCACCCCAGAGACACGUUACCAAGUGUCUGUGUUCGCCCGCUAUGGCCAUGGAGAAGGCCAGCCAUUGGUUGGGGAAGAAACCACGGAUAUCUCAGCCAAUGGUAGAGUAAUUGUUGUCUCUGAUGAGACGGAGAAGAGCAUGAAAGUUACUUGGCAACCUGCACCUGGAAAUGUACUCAACUACCGCGUUACUUACAAGCCGCAGUCAGGAGGGCGCCAGCUGGCCGCCAAAGUACCUGGUGGCAACACAUCUACAGUGUUGAGGCGACUUACUUCCCUGACCACCUAUGACAUCACAGUUGUACCAGUGUACCGUUUCGGAGAAGGCAAAAUAAGGCAAGGAGAAGGAACAACAUUGACACCCUAUAAAGGUCCAAGGAAUCUCCAGACUUCAGAGCCCACCAAGACCAGUUUCAGAGUGACCUGGGACCAUGCUCCAGGGGACGUUAAGGGCUAUAAAGUUUCUUUCCAUCCAGCUGAAGAUGACAUUGAUCUAAGAGAACUUUUAGUUAGUCCCCAUGACAACACAGUGGUGCUAGAGGAGCUCAGAGCUGGUACCAAAUACACAGUGAGUGUGUUUGGCAUGUUUGACGGUGGGGAGAGUAUGCCUCUGGCUGGAGAGGAAAACACUACUUACUCUGAUGAUCCCGAUUCCUCGCCUGUUGAUGUACCAAAAAUGUCGUGCAAGACCAAAGCACAGGCAGACAUCGUGCUGCUGGUCGAUGGCUCUUGGAGUAUUGGACGUCUUAACUUCAAGACUAUUAGGUCCUUCAUUGCACGCAUGGUGGGAGUCUUUGACAUUGGUCCUGAUCGGGUUCAGAUUGGACUUGCUCAGUAUAGUGGAGACCCAAAGACAGAAUGGCACCUGAAUGCUCACCAAACCCGAGAGUCUCUUCUGGAAGCUGUAGCUAAGCUUCCCUACAAGGGAGGAAACACCAUGACAGGUCUGGCUUUGUACUAUAUCCUCCAGAACAAUUUCCAGGAGAGUGUCGGCAUGCGGCCCGGAGCUCGUAAGAUUGGUGUUUUGAUCACUGAUGGCAAAUCACAGGAUGAAAUCAUCGCCAGCUCUCAGAGCUUGCGUGAUGCGGGCAUUGAGCUUUACGCCAUUGGUGUGAAGAACGCUGAUGAAAAUGAGUUGAGGGCCAUUGCUAGUGAUCCCGAUGAGAUUCACAUGUAUAACGUGGCUGACUUCUCCUUCCUGCUGGACAUCGUGGACACUCUGUCUGACAACCUCUGUAACAGCGUCACCGGAUCAGAUAAUACUCCAGGUUCACCCACUAAUCUGGUGACAUCUGAGGUGACUCACCAGUCUUUCCGAGCCACCUGGACCGGCCCUGAGGGCCCGGUGGAGAAGUACCGCGUGGAGUACAUGACUGUAUCAGGAGCCCCUCAAGAGGUGCUUGUGGAUGGGACUGUGACCACCGUGGUCCUCCGGGGACUCGAUCCUCUCACAAAGUACCUGGUCAACGUUUACUCAGUGAUUGGAGAGGAAAGCAGUGAGCCUCUGAAAGGAACAGAGACCACACUGCCUCUGAGUGCUGUGAGAGAGAUGAGCGUUUAUGACGAGCAGAUGACCACCAUGAGGGCGAGAUGGAAGGCGGUGCAGGGAGCCACGGGGUACCUGCUGACGUACCGUGCCACCAAUGCCACUCAGCCCACUGUUGAACAGGAGAUGAGAGUGGCAGCGGGUACAACGGACGUCCAGCUGGUGAAGCUUACGCCCAACACAGCUUACUCGCUGUCCCUCUACGCCCUCUAUGGACUAUCAGCCAGUGAAGCACUCCUCCGGCAGGGAGUCACCUUGCCAAUGCCACCUGCAGGAGAGCUGAAUGUUCGGGAUGUCACCCACAGCACCAUGGUGCUCUACUGGGAUGCUGCUCCCGGUGCAGUUCGCAAGUACAUUAUCACCUACACUCCCGAGGACGGUGAAACUAAAGAACUGGAGGUUGGGGGAAGGAUUACCACCAAACUCCUGGAGAACCUCAUCUCACAGACUGAGUACAGUUUAACUGUAACUCCGGUUUACGAUGAAGGACGUGGACAGGCGAUGCUGGGAAGCGGAAUCACCGAUGUGGUUCCAGCACCAAAGAACCUACGAUUCUCAGAAAUUACACAGACCAGCUUCAGGGCCACCUGGGAGCACGGGGCCCCCGAUGUGGCUAUGUAUCGAAUUGCAUGGAGAAGGAAGGGAGAGACCAUCAAUGAAGGCGAGGAAAUUCUGAGUGAGGAGGAGACAACCUUUGUUCUGGAGAAUCUGGAUCCAGAUACGCCCUAUGACGUGUCUGUCACUGCAAUCUAUCCAGAUGAAUCAGAGAGUGAAGACCUGCUGGGCACUGAGAGGACAUUGUCCAAGUCAGAUGGUAGACCGAUACCAAAUGCACCUCCCACCAAUUUGGUUGUUUUCAAUGAGACCACCACCACCCUGAAUGCUAGGUGGACUCCACCUCUGGGUCGUGUCCAGAACUACAGGAUCACUUAUGUCCCCACAUCUGGAGGCCAGAGUCAGACUACCAUGGUUGGAGCCAAGAAAAACACAGUCCUGCUUCCAAAGCUGACCCCUGACACAGAGUACUCCAUCGGUGUUGUGGCGGUGUACGCCAAUGGAGUCAGCAGGGAGCUGAAUGGCCUUGGAAAAACCAAACCUUUGGGUGGUGUUAGAAACCUGCGUGUGACAAACCCCACCACGAGCACGUUGGAUGUGAACUGGGAACCUGCUGAGGGUAAUGUGCGCCAGUAUAGGGUCUUCUAUGUUCCUGCAGCUGGAGGAGAGCAGGAGAUGAUUCAGGUCUCCGGAAGCACCUACAAAGCAGUUCUGAAGAACCUGCAGUCGGACACUGUCUACACUGUCACAGUGACUCCUGUUUAUUCUACUGGAGAGGGGAAGCCCAUGUCUGAAAACGGCAAAACAUUGGAGCGCAGUCCUGCUAGGAAUAUCCAGGUUUUCAACCCCACAACUAACACUUUGAAUGUCCGCUGGGAAGCAGCCACCGGGCCGGUCCAGCAGUACAGGGUGGUCUAUGCUCCUUUGACUGGUGUGAGGCCAACGGAGUCGAUUUUGGUCCCCGGCACCACAACCACAGCACUGCUGCAGCAGCUGGUCCCAGACACAGCCUACAAUGUGGGAGUUGUUGCCUUGUACAGCGAUGGGGAAGGAACCACUGUCAGCGAUCAGGGAAAGACUUUGCCCCGGGGUGGUCCCAGAAACAUGCGUGUGUACGAUCCCACCACCAGUACGCUGUCUGUUAACUGGGAACACGCUGACGGUCCUGUUCUUCAGUACCGCAUCAGCUAUGCCCCAACAACAGGAGACCCUAUCGAGGAAUUUACCACAGUUCAAGGGAACAGGAACAAUGUGGUUCUUCAGAAUCUGGAUCCAGACACUCCCUACAAUAUCAGAGUGACUGCUAUGUAUGCUGAAGGAGCGGGAGGAGAACUGGAGGGAGAUGGACGUACAGUUGGAAUGCUCGGCCCCAGAAACCUGCGUGUAUCUGAUGAAUGGUACACUCGCUUCAGGGUGUCCUGGGACCCCGCCCCCUCCGCAGUCACUGGAUACAAACUCAUCUACCAGCCUGCGGGGUCUUAUGACUCAUCUGAGGUGUUUGUUGGAGAUGUGACCACCUAUCAGCUGCAAAACUUGAAGCCUGGAACUACCUAUGACUUGACGGUCCUAGCACAGUACAGAACGGGCAUCAGUGGUCCUCUAAAUGGUCAAGGCACCACAUUGUACCUCAAUGUGACAGGCCUAACCUCCUACAAUGUUGGCUAUGACUCCUUUUGCAUCCAGUGGGUCCCUCACCGAGCAGCCACGUCGUACAGACUUAAAGUCAACCCUUUUGAGUCCUUCAAGGGUGGAGCUCAAGAAAUCACAGUUCAGGGCCCAGAGAGUAAAUACUGCUUUGACAACCUGACCCCUGACACUCUUUACAACGCUACGGUUUACGCUCAGACCCUCAACCUUGAAGGACCUGGAGUCAGUAUUAAGGAGAAAACAUUGGUCAAACCCACCGAGGUGCCAACCGAGCCUCCCACCCCUCCCCCUCCAUCAAUAGUGCCUGAUGCUCUUGACAUGUGUAAAGGUGCGAAGGCUGACUUGGUCUUCCUCAUCGACGGCUCAUGGAGUAUUGGAGAUGACAGCUUUGCCAAAGUCCUCCAGUUUGUCACUAGUGUGACAGCAGCUUUUGAUGUUGUUAGCCCAACUGGAAUGCAGGUUUCAUUUGUGCAGUAUAGCGAUGAUGCUAAGACUGAGUUCAAACUGAACACCUACCACAACAAGGGCAUUGUCCUAUCUGCACUGAAGUCAAUCCGCUACAGGGGAGGCAACACUAAGACUGGCAUUGCUCUGAAGCACGUCUAUGAAAAGGUACUAACGUCCGACAAUGGCAUGAGGAGGAAUGUCCCGAAGGUGCUGGUUGUUGUCACAGAUGGUCGUUCUCAAGAUGAAGUCAAGAAGAGCGCAGAAAAACUUCAGCAUUCUGGCUAUAGUGUGUUUGUGGUAGGAGUGGCUGAUGUGAGCAUGAGAGAACUGGCAGUUAUCGGCAGCAAGCCCACCGAAAGACACGUGUUUGUCGUUGACGAUUACGACGCUUUUUCCAAAAUCCAGGACAACUUGAUCACAUUCAUCUGUGAAACGGCUACCUCCACUUGCCCUCUCAUCUACAUCAAUGGAUACACCACACCUGGAUUUAGGAUGCUGGAAGCUUUCAACAUCACAGACCGAACAUUUGCUGGCAUGAAUGGUGUCUCCAUGGAGCCAGGUUCUUUCAACAGCUUCAUUGCCUACAGGCUGCACAAAGAUGCCUUCCUAAACCAGCCCACAAAGGAAAUCCACUCCGACGGCCUUCCUCCAUCCUACACUAUAAUCCUGCUCCUCCGCCUGCUGCCUGAUACACCCUCUGAACCUUUUGAUAUCUGGCAGAUCUCUGACAAAAACAACAACCCUGAAGUUGGAGUCACUAUGAAUCCUUCCAGCAAAACACUCACGUUCUACAACAAGGACACCCGGGGAGAGAUCCAGAGAGCCGUGUUCAAUGAGGAGCAAGUGAAACGGGUUUUCCACGGAAGCUUCCACAAGCUCCACAUUACCGUCUCCCCAGAGAAGGUCAAGCUCAACGUGGACUGCCAAGAGGUGGCAGAGAAGCCAAUCAAGGAGGCCAACAACAUCACGCUGGAGGGCUAUGAAGUGCUUGGCAAGAUGGUCAAAUCAGGAGGUGGAAAGAGGCAGUCCGCUACAUUCCAGCUCCAGAUGUUUGACAUUGUCUGCAGCUUGAGUUGGAUCAGCCGUGACAAAUGCUGUGACCUGCCUGCUACGAGAAUUGAGUCCAAAUGUCCUGCUCUUCCCCACUCCUGCACAUGCACCCAAGACAGUGUUGGGCCCCAGGGGCCUCCUGGGCCUUCGGGCAGCCCAGGGUCUAAAGGACCCAGAGGAGACAGGGGAGACCCAGGCAAACCUGGUGCAAUGGGUCCACGAGGUGAGCCAGGACUCCAAGGUGCAAUGGGCCCACCAGGCCCACAAGGCCCUAAUGGACUGUCUAUCCCCGGAGAACCGGGUCGCCAAGGACCAAAGGGAGAUCGUGGAGACUCAGGCCUGCCUGGGCUGCAAGGUCCUCCUGGGCCGCGUGGUCCUAUGGGUCCUGUCGGACAAAGUGGAGCACGGGGGCCACCAGGAAAGGAAGGAUCAUCUGGACCCAGAGGCCCACCAGGGCCCAUGGGAAGUCCAGGAAAUCCAGGUGUACCUGGUAUGUCUGGAAAACCAGGAAAGUCAGGAGAACCAGGAAGUCCAGGACCUGUUGGCCUUAAAGGAGAAAAGGGAGAGCGGGGAGACUUUGCAUCCCAAAAUAUGAUGCGCUCCAUUGCCAGACAAGUUUGUGAACAGCUCGUGAGCAGUCAGAUGAGCAGAAUUGACGGGAUGCUCAAUCAAAUUCCUUCUGGAUAUCGUAAUGGCAAUCCAGGCCCGGCUGGUCCUCCUGGUCCCCCUGGCAACCAAGGACCUCGUGGAGAGCCCGGACAACCUGGAAAAUCUGGUUUCCCUGGAAGCCCAGGAUUACCUGGAAAUCAAGGAGAAAGAGGGUUACCAGGAGAGAGGGGGGAGAGAGGACCUCCAGGAGCAGAUAUCAGAGGACAAAGAGGUCCACCUGGACCAGCAGGUCCACCAGGGGAGUCUAGAACAGGUCCCCCAGGUUCUCCUGGCUCUGCUGGAUCCCGUGGCCCCCCAGGUCGUCAAGGUAAUCCAGGUGUGAGAGGACCACCAGGACCCCCUGGAUACUGUGACUCCUCUCAGUGUGUUGGUAUUCCUUACAAUGGACAAGGAUACACAGGUUUGGCAUAAUAAGCUUUCUAAGCCAUCUGUGCCACUUACUCUUGGCUCUGAAGGCCUGUUUCUGAGAUGUUUGCCAUUAUGCUUUGGGGCUUGUAAGGAUAAUCACCAUGGACAUAAUUAACUGAACAUUUAAACAAGUAUCAUGAAAGUCAGAAAAAAGUGAAAGGAGCGGACUGGCACUAACAUCAUCUCACAGCUGCAAGCUACAGUGAUGGCUACCUGCUGGCCUGGUUGCAUUUUGAACCACAAACCGCUGAGGAAUAUAAACAAAAAAAGAAAAGACUGAGAAUCCCGACAAUGGAAGCAGCAUGUACAAACACCAGCCAAAACGAUUACUAACAAGGAGGAUGCCAUAAUGUUAAUGUAGAGGUGAUAUGUGUAAAUAGAACAUUUCUGUUGUUGCCAUGUAAAUGAUUGUGUAAACCAGGGUGUUUCACUAAAACUCAUGAUAACACAUUAAUGGAGCUUGUGCCUCAUAACCCACUGCUUACGUACUUACAACCAGCAUAACCUCUGUUAAUGACUCCUAAGUGCCUUAUUCAGCUCUACUCCACAAUGAAGCAUGCUUUUACUAAGUUUUUUCAAUUUUCACAAAACUAAAUGGAAUUUUUUUAAACUAGUUUUUAGUUGUCUGUACUGUACCAAAUUUAUUUUUUGUUUUGUUUUGUUUUUUUGCUGAGAAACUGGUACUUUUGCAUCACAUUCUGGAGAAGUUUUUACGUCGAUGAGCUGAUUCUAAGUUUAAAGGGGAACUUUAUUUAAAAAGCAAAUAUUGAUUCGAAAAUGUCCAUUUGACAACAAAUGCUAGCAACCUAGCGUUAGCUCCAAUUAGCUUAGCAUGUUGUAUGGUUUCAUUAAGAUUUGUGGCUUCCCAAAUAUUGUCCCCAUUGGGUAAUUGAAAUGCUAAGCUGAGCAAAUUACAGCUGUAGUGUUUAAUGUCCUGUAGCCGUUUGUUUGAAUGUCAUGACAGCAUGCAUUUUUGGUGUUAGGGUAGUAUUUUGACACAAAACCUUUUGUGUAAUGUAAUAUCAUUUAAACCAUGCAUGUAAAAAGUUGUAGACAAGGUAUUUUUUUCUUCUUUUUAAAUGUUUUUUGUUAUUUUUGAUUGGCUAAAUAUUUUUCUAGCUCCACGCUACCAGCCUGAACCUGAUGUAGCGUCUAUACCUGUGGAGCCAACUGAAGAGUUUGAGACAGUACAAUCAUCAGGUUAUACAAGGAACCAACGGGGAAAGAGAUCGCUACCACUAGACAAUUCAGGAGCAUCAUAGCUCCAAUAAGGAGCUCAGAGUACUAUUGGGGACAAAAAUGUCACUUUUUUUUUUUGAGUAAGGAUGAAGAAAUGCUCAGAACAAGACUAAUACAUAUAUGGGUUUGAUACCCCUGGUUAUAUUGAGCAUAUAUUUUAUUGACAUGAGAAAUUUUUAGCAAAAUGAUAGCUAUCUUUAUGUUACAAACCUGUGUGCUUGCAAAUGCUUCCCUUCCGUGUCUGUGUUUAAUGCAAUGACAACUUUUUUUUUUAUCAGACUCCAGUGUGUAAAGCACUAAUCAUGUGAAAAUCAGCAAAAAAGAUGAGCAAAGUCAUUGAUUUGUAUUUUUGUUUUUUAAUUAAGAGCCCAUAAAGUUGAAAAAUGUUGGGUCAUCAUUGCAACUAAUUGAAUCCAAAUGAAAUUUUCUCUUAAAACAAAUCUUCAAUGGGAUAUUUCAUCCAUCCUGCAAACAGUAUUCAGAUGUACAACAAUAAAUUUUCUGUUUCUUUUUUUUUGUUCCAAAAGUGGAAUUGCAUGAUUGUGUUGUAUAUUUACUGAAGUCAGAAUAUAUUGUUGUUUUCUGUCAAUGCAGUUUGGAUUUGGUUGCAGGACUUUAAACAUAGGAUUGCUUUUCUCAUGUUUUAACUGCACAUUUUGUGAAAUCCACACAGCCUUAUUUUCUUAUUUAUUUCUGAAAUGGAAGAGGCAUUUUUCAAUAAAACUACUGAAAAUGUAGAACUU